ACUGGGAUUAUGAAAAUAUGCAAUACCAAUAUAAAUCAUUUUUAUAAAUAAUUAUAUAGUCAAGCCUACAAAGAGUAUAUUCUCAAUGACUACCAAAGCACAUGGUAAUGGUGAGCACACAGGUUCAUUUUAACUACACCGUGGUACAUUCGACUGGAAGUGAUUCGGUGUGUAGUUACCUUACUUCGUUAGGUUGGAUGCUUGAAAAUGGGGGAUUUUCAGAGCUUUAAGUUCGAGAAUUCCAUGCCGGAUUUAUGUCCUGAAACACAGCUGAACUUUAGAAAGUUUCUUCAAGCUGCUGGGAUUGAAAACAUGUUGAUUAAAGAUGGCCGGAGAAUAUCAGAUACCGAAGUACUAAAUGAAAUCAGGAAAGAGGUCGCUGUUUUGUCUAUGAACGACGAUGAUGGACGGACCUCGUCGCUGAUUCUUGCGUGUAUCAACGGUGACGAUGAAGCUGUUAAACUUCUCAUUCUUUCGGGCGAGUGCGAUGUAAACGAGGUUGCACCUGAUGGAGAAACUGCACUGACGUGUGCCAUAUCCUCGAAUGCUGUGCGGAUUGUGGAGAUGUUGUUAAAACAUGGGUCUGAUCCAAACUUUCGUGGUAAGAAAGUUGAGUGCACUCCAUUGAUGGAAGCUGCUAGUGUUGGUUAUACUGAUAUUGUGAAGUUGCUGUUGGAACAUGGAGCAUGUGUUGGCCAAAAGUCGAACACAGGAAAUACUGCACUACAUUAUGCUGCUACUUCCGGUCACUUGGAGUGUGUUUGUCUUUUACUACAGUACAAUAGCCCAAUGGAAGUUCAAAAUGAUACUGGUCAUACACCUUUGAUGGAAGCUACAAGUAACGGGCACGUAGACGUCGCUCGUUGCCUUAUAAAGCAUGGAUGCGAUAUUAACACACAUUCAGCGGAAUUCAAAGAAUCCGCACUAACUCUGGCAAGCUACAAAGGUCAUGCGGAAAUGGUCCGUUUCCUGUUGACUGCAGGAGCCGAUCACGAACAUCGUACUGAUGAAAUGCACACUGCUCUAAUGGAAGCUGCAAUGGAAGGUCAUGUCGAAGUUGCUCGAUUACUCCUUGCUCAUGGCGCGAACGUGAACAUACCACAAGAUAGUUUCGAGUCCCCUCUAACUUUGGCCGCUUGUGGAGGCCAUACUGAGCUUGCACAUCUGUUAAUUGGAUAUGGAGCAGAUAUUGAAGAGGUGAAUGACGAGGGCUAUACACCCUUAAUGGAAGCUGCAAGAGAAGGUCAUGAAGAAACUGUCGCUUUAUUACUUGCAGUAGGUGCUGAAGUUAACGCAAGAACGGAGGAAACCCAAGAAACUGCUCUCACGCUUGCAGCCUGUGGCGGAUUCAUAGAAGUCUGUGAAAUGCUUUUAAAUGCUGGUGCUGAUAUUGAAGUUGGCGGAGUUGGUUGUUCUACUCCUUUGAUGGAAGCUGCUCAAGAGGGACAUCUAGAACUUGUCCGGCGUUUGUUGGAGCGUGGAGCAUUAGUGAAUGCAGUGACCGCCACUGGAGACACGGCGCUUCAUUAUGCAGCUGAAAAUGGGCAUGUCAAAGUUUGCGAGAAGUUGCUUGACUGGGGAGCCGUUUUUGGAGCUAUGACAGAAGGAGGACGAACUCCAUUGAUGAAGGCUGCAAGAACAGGUCAUUUGGAAGUUGUCCAGUUAUUUUUAGAGCGUGGAGUAGCGAUUGACCAGCCUACCUCACAGAAUGAUGCCAAUGCCUUGUCGUUAGCUUGUAGUGGCGGACAUGCAAAGAUGGUAGAGUUCCUUCUUCAACAUGGUGCUGAUCCUCAAUAUCAGUUAAGAGAUGGUUCUACAAUGCUAAUCGAAGCUGCUCGUUCUGGAAAUCCAGCAGUUCUGAGACUCAUUUUAGACUAUCCUAAAUGUCUCAGUCAGCCGUCGUCCGUGCUUCCAAAUGCUUCUGUUCAGCUUGUUGCGAAUACAUUGAACCAACAUCAAACUCAACACCAAUUUUCUCAUGACCAGCGUUCUGCUUACCAAUCACUCGUGAAUGGCGUACCUACAAUCGGCAAUGUUAUCAUGCCACCACCCCCACCGCCUUUACCUAUUUCUGUCUCCGGAAUAACCAACAUGGAUAUGUGCCUUGACCCAUCUCAUUCACAUAUGCACUCACAAGGUCAUUCGCAUUCCUGUCAUUCACACCAACAACUUUCGUUUCAGGCUCCUUCCAGUCUUUCUACGUCAACUAACUCUGUUCAGCCCACAACUCAUAUAAAUGCGGCACUGGCCAACGCAUAUGCUGUUGGAUGGGCAGCCGGGGCAGCUGCUUUAGUUCACCAACAACAGCAGCAGCAUACAAUAAACUCAGCUAUUACCAGUUCAGUGGAUGCACCUUUGGUUAUGUGUCCUCCAGUCAGCGCUAUACUUUCACACACACAUACUUCUGGACCAUUGCAUGAUCAGAUUUUGUUGACAAACAACAAUACAUUCGAGCUUCUUCCUGGAACUUCUUUAUCAACAAAUGGAUCAUGUACUACAUUACCUUCAAACUGUUCGAUUAUGGCUCACAAUGCGCAUUUAAAUUUUCAAACUACUUCUGUCACUGCUGCUGUCGAUUCAGUUACCGGGAUAACUAGUGUUCAAACUGUGUUAACUCAGGCAACACUAGGUGCUAGUGGAACGGGACCAUCAUCUAGUACAACUAAUAGUAUUGGUAGCAUCAGUGGAGGUAGUUCAACCAGCAGUGGAAGCAGUGCUUCAUCCAUGGUUGCUGGAUCUUCAAUUGACCUUACAGAUGACUUUAGUGCUGGUCUACUGGCACUUUUUCAAGAGCUGAUGCCUGAUUUGAAAGCGGAUAAAGAUGAAUUGAUCAAACGAUUUGAAGCUGUCAUGUGUCCCUUCAGCACACUUCGUGCUGCUCGUACUGCUAUUAGUCAACGAAAUGGAACCAAUCUGGAUUCUCCAACCGCAAUCGCUAUGAGUACUAAUGCUGCCGUCUUGGCUCUUAGCAAGUUAAUUGAUCAACAAUCACAGUGCCGUGCUCAUUCUUCGUAUCCUGGAAAUGGUUGUGAAGUACUGGAACAACACCUUUCACCUAGAUGUAUUCAUACAUCUUCAGCUGAUGCCGUCUUGUCUAAAACCACCCAGUGGACAGGUCUGCUUUCGACUUCCUGUGAUACACAGUUUCCGGAACCAAUUUCUUUUUCCACUGAGUGUGGCCCAACACUUAGCAAAGUACCUGAUGAUCAACCAGACCUCACUGACUCCAACGAUCAUAACUUUAGUGCCGCUGCAAAUGUAACACCGGUUAUGUCUUCUUGCCAUUCAUCAUGCUCCGCGUUAUCAACAUCAGAAUGUUCAAUGUCUUCUGUCCAUAGUGCCAACUUCUUAUGCCGUGCCAAUAAAACAACUUCAACAUCCGUCGAGUCUAUUUUACCUGCACUAAAUUCUUACGACUAUGGAUUGGAUAAAACCUCUGACGUAUUAGGACCUUGCAUUGAUUCCUCGUAUUUAAGCAAUCUCGUGGAUUCUGUCGGUCUUGCAACAACUCAAGCUGUCAUUCAUGAAGCUGGUUUAAACCAUGAUAUACUUACAUGUUAUCGUCAUUUUCACCAUCCUGGAUCACAUUUUGCUUGUGCGUUUGAUGCUACAGCCACGACAGCUUCAGUAGCGAAUUUGAGUCAUAUGGGUGUUCAUAACAAUAUGCAUCAUCACCAUCAUCAUCAUCAUCAUUCUCUGAAUGUAUCAACUUGCGGAGAUAAUCUAAUCGGUUCUAACAAUUUACUUCAUGUCCCACAACAGUCGUCCGCUAUUUCCAUCGAUAGUUUAAUGGUAAAUCAAGCGGGAACGAUCGCUUACAAUCCCUCAGCAAUGGCAGGAUACCAACAUGUCGCACACCCAACAUUGUUACCAGUAAGUGGAAGUAGAGUUCUGCCAGUAGGACCCCAGUCUAUCCUAUCAUCUGGAAGUGCUUCUAUACCGAACCAUGGUUUGUCACCCAAUGACAUGGCUGCAGUUGCUUCUAACAACUUGUCUAUGAUGGGAGAUACAAUAUCUCCCUUAAAUGUACCAUCUUUAAUUGAUGUUAAUGCUUGUAUUGAAUCCAGUAUGGAGACAGCUCUAACUUUGGCGUGUAGUGGGGGAUUUGUUGAUCUUGUUCGUCUGUUGUUGGAACGUGGAGCUGACAAAGAACAUCGUGACAAAAAAUCACAUACACCACUCCAUACUGCUGUGUGUGCCAAUCAGCGCUCUGUCGUCUCAUUGCUGCUUGAUUAUGGCGCAGACAUUGAGGCACAAGUGGAUCGCACAAAAGAUACGGCUCUGUCAAUAGCGUGUUCUCAUGGAAAAUUAGAGAUCGUCGAAGAACUACUGAACCGUGGUGCCAACAAAGAACAUCGGAAUAUAUCUGAUUACACUCCGCUGAGUUUGGCUGCGUCGGGAGGAUAUGUUGAGGUUAUACAAUUGCUUCUACGUCAUGGUGCAGAAAUAAAUUCGAGAACCGGUUCAAAGCUUGGAAUCUCUCCCCUUAUGUUAGCUUCUAUGAAUGGACAUACUGCAGCUGUUCGUUUGUUACUUGAACAUGGCUCGGAUAUAAACGCACACAUUGAAACUAACCGCAAUACUGCUUUGACCUUAGCAUGCUUUCAAGGUCGUUACGAAGUUGUACAACUUUUGGUCGAACGCAAGGCCAAUAUUGAACAUCGUGCGAAAACUGGUCUUACUCCUCUAAUGGAAGCUGCCUCUGGUGAUUAUGUAGAAGUUGGGAGAAUCCUGUUAGAUCAUGGGGCUGAUGUCAAUGCGUCACCCGUACCAAGUUCCAGAGACACAGCUCUGACCAUUGCAGCCGAUAAAGGCAAUGCGAAAUUCGUCAACUUGCUCUUGGAAAAAGGUGGAGUUGUUGAAGCACGAAAUAAAAAAGGUGCCACCCCACUAUGGUUAGCUUCAAAUGGUGGUCACCUUGAGGUCGUUCAAAGUCUUAUCCAGUACAAUGCAGAUGUGAAUAGCCAAGACAAUAGAAAAGUCAGUUGUUUAAUGGCAGCUUUUCGCAAAGGUCACAUUAAUGUGGUGCGCUUGUUAGUUCAAUAUGUAACUCAGUUCCCAUCUGAUAAGGAUUGUAUUAGACAUAUUAAAACUGCAGUAACGGACAAGGAGCUGGCUAAACGCUGUCAACAGUGCAGGGAAAUUAUUAUAGCUGCUAAAGAAAAACAAGAAGGUGAGGCGAAGAAGAAUGCUGAUUGCCUUUUGGAACAAAUUGAACAGGAAGAAGAGGAACGAGCUAAUCGAGAAGCUAUGCAAGCUCGAAAACGAGAAAGGAAACGCAUGAAGCGUAAAGCAAAGCAAGAAAAAGAACGCCAAGUUAAAGGCAUAAAUCAAACACAUACAGAUUGUAAUGUCGAUGCGUCAUCUCGAAGUAAUACAACUGCUGAAACCAAUGAAAAUAAACGUACUAAUCAGGAUCGUGAUGAACAGUUUAGAGUUGAACAUAGUCCAACACUGUCACGUGUCCUACAACAUGCCCAAGAAUCCUCACUAUGUAACCAACUGUCAGAUGCUAUAAUUUAUGAUGUAGAUGACAAGCAAUGUUCUGCCUUUCGUAAUCCCUCUGAUUCACUUGUUACUGUUGUACCAAUGUCACCAGAGUCUACUAAACUUAAUCAACAGAUUGUAAAAGAUGUACAUCUUAAUUCUGAUGCUUCCAUAACUAAUGUUGAAAAAUCCAAUGUUCAACACGAUUCUGAUUCUGUUGAUAACAGUUUUUGUUCACAAGAAGCUGAAUCGAAUGCUGCGGCUGUAACAGAAGCCAAACGUGAAAAACAUCGAAACAAGAAACAAAGCCAACGAGCAGCAAAACGUGCAGCUGCCGAAAACAAUACUGCUUUCGAUUUGGAUAAAGUCAGUAAAUCACCCAGCCCAGAAAUUCAGGACCCUAUUAAUUCCUCAAUCUCUCCUUGUUACGCUCUUUCUCCAAGUGGAGAUAGUGAAAACUGGAACUUGCUCAUCGAGUCCCAAAGUGCUCAUUUUGGUCAGUAUUUUAAUAUGGGCAAAAGUUCGAAUGUUGUCAGUGAUUCAAAUACAUGGACUGUAGUCGUACCAUCUAACAGUACGCGAUCUCAACGCACUACAGUGAGUACACACGUUUCUUCGCGUGUAAGUAAUGAGAUGGCUGAUUGGAAGACUACCAACUCUAGCAACAGUUCUUAUAAACGUCGACUUUCAAUUCCUGUUUCAAGGCAUGAUAUUGGGAAAGUCAUAGGUCAGGGUGGGGCAGUUGUUAGUGCCCUAAGAAAUAUGAGUGGGAUUCAAAUAGAUAUCGAAAGUGCGCGAAGUGAUGAAGUAACAGAGCGUAUGGUCUAUUUGAAAGGUCCCAGCGAAGCUGUCCAGCGAACUUAUGAGACGAUUCAGGGACUUCUCGACGGUUCAAUUGCUGGCAAUGAUGUCCUACUAAUGUAUCACGCUUUAAAAAAGUCUUCUACUCUACCAUCAAGCAUGUCGCUUUCUGGUACUGCUUUAGGCUCUCUUACUUCUAGGUUGAAUGGUGCAACUAGUGUGACAGUCCAGAAUACAAUUAAAAGCGGGUUGUCUAGUGUUAAGGUUAUCAACCCAAGUAACAGAACUCCUCGUAGAACUGGGAAAUCUGUAACUAAUCCCGUAGCUGCAAAUACCACUCGAUCUACCUCAACUCAACCAACUCCGCUUCCCGUAGUCCCAAAACCCACAAAAACACCCACAAUAUCCAUCCCUAAUAACAGUAGCAAUAGCACGUUUUCAAGUACAACAGCUACUUUGAUUCCUCUGAUAUCUUCCGGUCUGAAGACAACUUCUGGAUCAACGAGUUGGAGUUCUAAAGUCUCAAAUACCAGCUCUUCAAAGGGUAAUUUCGCUUCCGUUGCUGCGGCAGGAAUAAGUACUCAUUCAUCGCGCCUCGUUAAGCCAGCAGACAACCCGAUAGUAAAAAGUGUUCGCAGUCAGUCAAAAACUACCGUUCAAAACUUAAUGACUGCACCGGCUCCAGCUUUGUCAUUACCAACAACAACUCCUGUUUCGUUACUAUCUCUCAAUUUAUCUCCGUUUCCAUCGAGUAGUCAAAUGUUUCCAGAUUUUAUUCCAUCGCUUUCUAAUGUCGGCGAUUUCUGUACUGAUUCUUUAGAUGAAGUUAGCUUUCCACCCUUGAAUCCUUCUAAAUCCACCAAAGUUACUCAAUCGAGAACAGCCACGACAACAACAAUACCGGCAGUAACUGUGUCAAAUAUGAGGAAUCCGUCAUGUUUAUCUAACACACAUGUUUCCUCUUCGUCUGUAAAUUGCCCCGUCGAAGGCAUUUCGUUUGGAAUGGAUAAACUUAAGAUAAAUACCUCAUCUGGUGACUUAACAUACAUGCUUUCCAUUAGUGUAUUUGACAGUCCCGUUUCUACAGUUCAUACAGCAUCUGUCUCAAAUUCAUUCCCCCUAACAACGCUUUCUACCACAUCACCGUCUAAUUAUGGACCUUUGACAGUUUCUCCUACUUGUGGAGUUAUGCAGACUUCUCAGUCGAAUACUCCAAUGGGUUCCGGUAACACACACACUUCAGCUUAUGUUUCUACACCGCCUACAACUACAACUCAAACAAAGUCAUUUGCUAGGGCUCCGGGUUCUGAACGCAGCGCGCAUCAAAGAAAUGCAAAUGUAACAGCUACUUCCGUCUCCCUUAGUCUAAACGAUUCCUUCCCACCAUCGCUUUUAUCCUUGGAUGUUAAUGGUAACACAAAUGUUUCCGUAAACGGCGGUGCUAAUGACACUACACUUUUCACACCAACAAAGCGUGCUAUCGCUUCAGACAUUCACAAUCCUGAUUUUCGUCAUGAUUCAAUCUCAAAUCAUUUUCGACCUGAUAGGUCAUGUGAAUGGCAAACUUCUGACUCAUCUGCAGCUCCUGCACCAUCGUCUUCUGCAUUUGUGAAGAACAGUACGUUCUCAGUAGCCUCCAACACACUAACAAUUACAUCCACUAGUGUCAGUAGUUCGAUCAUCGACAGUCACUCAGCUAUGGACUCUGUCCCAGUUGUUACAAACGUAUCACAAACGCGCGAUCCUAUCGGUUCUCUCCACUCUAUGCCAAUAUUAUGGUCUGCUUCGAGACCCGAUUUGAAUCCCAACUCAAUAGGUUUCCAACCAUCGUUCCAAACACUUAACCAAGUCGUACCAAACUUGAAGGCUAGUGCUGAAUCAGCUGACUCAUUAAUUCAGGCUUCCUUACUCCGAAAUGACUUCUCUAAUCACUCUGUAUCUGAUCAAUUUCAAGAUCAAUACUCUACCCAAGGAGCUCAAUCUGGUGUCUUGCGUCAAAUGGUCACACAAGCGUCUCUCCAGAAAUCGAAUCCUGUUGGAUUAUCAUAUUUACAGUCCGCUCAUCAACAAACUCAGAUUAGUAAUUGCUCUUCAGGUUUAAACAUUUCAAACACGCAAAGUAUGUUGCCAACAUCCUCAACAAAUACUCCCCUAAAUGCAUCUUUCCGGUUCAAGCCUCCAAUGUCUGGUACCUCUGCAUAUUUAGAAUCACGAUCUACAGCAUUAAAUGGUUUUCCAAGUGGUUUUUGUUCUCCAUCGACUUCUUCAAUGCCUUUGAAUAAUCAAUUUUCUUCCGUUUUCCCUAUGACUCAACAACAGUCAUUCCCGUUACAACAGCAACUUUCUUUAGGCCCAGGUACUAUUUCAGCCUUAAAUCAACAGACCACAAGUGGAUUAUCAACUCGUUUGGGUAAUUCAUCACAUCCUAUGAUUAAUCAAACACAAUUGUCUAUGUGUUCAUCUGGUCCAGGUGGAUCUUACACUCCUCCUCCUUUUAUGACCGGUUAUGUUCAACCUAGCAUCCAACCUGUGUGUAGUGCUACAUCAGUCGUCCAUCCAAAUACAAACUAUACAUCUCAUUUGCUUAACGGUUUCAGUUCUUCAUCCCAUAUUGGAACAGUGUGUACUCCGACAGUAGGUGCUGGAGUCCCGUUAGGUAUUCCAUCAAAUGCGGCACAAGGUCCUGUUCAAAACCAACCCGUUCCUAUACAACCAAUCGGUGCUGAACGUCGCCGACAAGCCAACACUCUCACGUCUGUCACUUCUUCGAGUAUAGUUUAUCCCAAUAUGUCGAGCAAUAAUAAUCUAGCUGGACCUGUCAACUCAGCAGCUCCGGUUGUAGCCAAUCCCCUAGCGACGAUGCAUCCACAAGCUCCUUCUCCUCAACAGUGUUCCGUUAAUUCCAAUGCUAAUAAUUUGUUAAUGGCGUUUACGAUGAAUUGGAUGCAGCAGCAGCAGCAGCAGCAACAACAACAACACUCAAACUUAGUUAGUGGUGUUUCUGGGACAGUAAAUUCACCAGCUAACUGGCCUCCUCCCAUGUGGCCUACUAACAACAUAAAUAAUAACUAUCCUGUCACCUGUCCACCCAUGAAAGUUCCUCCUUGUAAUCCAAAUGACAUGAACAUCUAUAACAAUUCAGCUAUGCUUCCAAACACUUUACCUGCUGUUAAUGGAGUGGCAGGACACCAGCAUCAGCAAUCAAUAAUGGCCGCAGCUAUGGCGGCAAUGGCAAAUAUAUAUCCUUGGAAUAGUGGCGGUGGUAAUGGUAGCGGAAAUUCCGGUAUCUUAAGUGGAAUCCCUGGUGUGUCAACAGCUGGCUCAAAUCGUUGGGUAUGUCCUCAAGUUAGCACUGCAUUCCCUGGUGUCAACCCAUCGACUGCACAACCGUACUACCAAGAACAAUAUCCUACAUUGAAGCCUAGUGGUGGUAAUUAGUUGUUGUUGUUGGUUCUGUUGCCAUCGGGAGUUUUCACACCACAUACUUAAUGUGAAGAGGUAAUUUAAAACGUAAACUGCUCUUGACUUUUGGAUUGAUAACUCCUUACUGUCUGUUCGUUUUCUUUUUCGACUGAAUAAAAUAUGCUUCUUUCCUUGUUUAUUCAUUUCUACGAAAUGUUAAUAAAUUUAGCAAAUCGCAAGGUCGUUCAUACUAUUAUGACGAAAAUGAUCAGGAUUCUUUGUAGUUAUGCUCGCUAUCAGUAUCGAUUUUCUACUUGUUCUCUCUUUGCGUCCUGUUUAUUUAAUGUGUUUAGAUUUCAGGGUUGUCUCCCGGUUGCAAAGCAGUCGUUCAUAUUGUUAGCAUGUUUAUAUAUAUAUAUAUAUAUAUAUAUAUAUAUAUAUAUAUAUAUAUAUAUAUAUUGAAGCCUAAAAACAGCUUUUUGUUCGAAAUUGAUCAGAUUUAUUUAUACCUGAUCUCUCGUUGCACACGAUUCUUCUGAUAAUCCUAAAGUAAUCUUGAAUGCAGUUGGUUUGUCAGUCUAAUUCCUGGUAGAGUUGCAAUCAUUUGUCCCAUCUAUUCAUUAUGUUGUUAAUUCUAGUGUGUUUAAUUUUCUGCAAGUCAACUUUUUGAUGCUGCCAUUCUAUAUAAAUAAAUUUUCGAUUACAAUUUUCUUGUGUUGUACUAGUUUUAAUUGGAGGCCAUUAUAUUCAAAAAUAAACCUCACUUUUAUAUUGCCUCUAUUAAAUGCUUGUCUUUCGUACUCACCUGAUUCUGCUGUGGUUUGCGUAUUAUUGUUAUAGUUAUUAUUAUUGUUAUUAUAACUUGAAAAAACUAUUAUACAUGAAUGGUAUACCUCUGUCUUAGCCACUCUCAAAUUGUAGUGAAGUUUUGUUGUUUUUUUCCAGACUGUUACUAAUUAACAUUCAUUCAUUUAACUGUAAUCAAAUCAUAUCCAUGUUACCUUUCUGCUCGUUUCCCUUUACAACAAAACCUCUGAAAUCUUUUGUUAUAAUCUGUAAUUUUGAUUACUAUAACAUCUAUGUUCUCUCAUACUACCAGUGGAUAGAUUUGAUAUAUAUAUAUAUAUAUAUAUAUAUAUAUAUAUAUAUAUAUAUAUAUAUAUAUAUAUCGUUUUUUGAGGGAAAAAGUUAACAAUCUUUUCAGGCUGUUGCGUUUUUAGCAAUUGCCAAAAUUUUCUUAGUGAACUUUAGCUUCCUUGUUUGUUUUUCUGUCCUACUACACGGUCAGUUGGUUGACGUUUCCUCGUCAGUGUAAUGUACUGUAUCAUAGAUCAAGCAUCCUACUAUUAUUUGUCCAAUGUUCUCUCAUUCUUAGUGAAAAAUAUAUGGGUUCGUCAAAGUGAUUUCCUCUAGAAAGUUUAUGCACUGGCCCUCCCACUUUUCUUUAUAGUUGUCGUCAGCCAAAUUAUACUUAAAGUAAAUCUCAACACUUUCGUAAGUGUCGAUCAGUCCUUUUUAAAAUUAUACCAAAAUCAUUAUGCUGUCGUCGCAUUCCAUACAGGGGAUAUAAUUGUUCAGAUUGUAGAAGGACCAUGUAUUCUAAUUUCUGCUAAUUCAUGUUGAGCUGUUUAGGAUUACUUUGAUCGGUUCUAAAGAAUUUCUUUUUAGAUUACCAACUCCUUUGUUUUGAUGACAAUUGUGUAGGAGUCUAUAACAAUAAUACACUUCAAGUUUUCAUCCAAUAAGGUACAGUUGACUGUAUUUUUGGACCACUUGGGAAUCUCAAUCAUGACUUCAAAGUAAAAGUUCGGUUUUUAUAUUCUAAUAUGAGAUUAGAUUUGUUAUCCAGCAGUAGGCGCAUUACACUGUAUGUAUCUUAACAGCUUUAGUGUGUAGCUACCUACGUCUAAAUAAAUCAGCAAAAUACAUUAUCAAGUUACGGAUGUCACCAUGAAACCAAGCUAACAAACAUUGAUUUUAGAAGUCGAGUGAGAGACACUAAUUGUUAACUGCUUGGAGACGUUGCAAACUAAAUUUUUGUAAAAAACAAGUAGUUUUUUUAAUUAAUGGGGGAAUGUACAUGUUACACUAAUCUACUUUGAGCUAGUUACAUGAUUCCAACAUAACUGUAAAAAUAAGACAUUUAGCCAGUAGUUCUUGUAACUAACUAACUACGGCUUUUAAGGAUCGAAGGCAGGUAUUUGUUUGAGUCAAUAUUCGAUGCUAUAAUAAACGACUGAACAUUUUUGGCACAUAUUUCCAGAGAUCUUAAUCCACUGCUGGGCGUUUUUGUCUCAAAUCUCAAGUACCUCUAUGCCUGCUCCAAAACGGCCAUGCUCGUGUUGUAUUCAGCCAGCAAAAGCAACAGUAGUUAAUAUCACUAUCCACUAACAGUUCUGAAUAGCGUGUGUCAGUUUCAAAAAAUUAGACACUUCGAUAGUCGGCCAUGAUGGUCGCAUUGGCUAGCGGCCUCAUUCGGUUUGACGCUCCUGAUAAAAAGCUCUCCAGCGAAGAAACUUUUCACGACAUAAUUAACAUAAAGUUGUGCAGUCGUAUUCGUAGUUAGUUUUACGCUUAGUAGUAUGUAGUGAAGGGUGUUGCUUCAGUAAAUAAUUACGCCUGUUACCCCCAAUAGAACAUAGGUCACUGAUCAGCAUUCUCCAACCCCCUCUGUCCUGGGCCUUCCUUUCUAGUCCUAUGCAAUUGUUGUCCAUUCUUCUCCAUUUCUCGGCGUAAUGUGUUCUUUUGUUUUCUUCUCCCUCUUUGACCUUGAGAAUUCCAAGUGAGAGCUUGUCUUGUGACACAGUUGGUUACUUUCCUCAAUGUGUGUCCUAUCCACCUCCAGCGCUUCUUCCUCCACUGGGACCUAGUUUGUCCUAUCCCAUGGCACGUUGUUGCUUACAGUCUCUGGCCAAGUGUUUUGUGUAGACAAGUGUUAAUCGACAUUUGUAUCUUCUGGAUGAUGGAUUUCGUAGUUCGCCAUGUUUCCGCCCCAUACAAUAGAACUGUCUUGACAUUUGUAUCUAAAAUUCUGACUUCGGUGUUGGUUGACAGUUGUUUUGAGUUCCAAGUGUUCUUCAGUUGUAGAUAUGCUGCUCUUGUUUUGCCGUUCGCGUCUUCACAUCUGCAUCAGACCCGCCGUGCUCAUCAGUGAUGCCACUUCAGUAAAUAGGGUUAUGAAAAAUAAUGUUCUUAAAUAUCGGCAGACAACAAACUCGAUCGUUAAAAAUAUGCUAGUUCACAAUAAUUUCUGUAAAAUUCUGAGAGAGAUGUUUCAAACUUAUGAUUGAUAUAAUCAUUAAGACGACCAAGUGGAACUAUUUAGUAUUUGACUGAUUUUACCAAUCCUUAACUCGAGAUUCAAUAAGUGAGAAAUGAUUACUAAAAAGUUCUGUAAACUUACUGAACUUAAGUGAACAUUCACUAAGAAGCGCUAGACAAGGUGUCGGGUUUUAUAUACUAUCCUACUAGAAGUCUAUCCAUGAAGGUUAGCAAAUAGUAAAGUGAUCUCUAUCAUCAAUCACUCAUUAACAUAGGAAGCGUUCAAUCAAAAUAGUAUGGUUGACCUCUGAUAGAUUAGGCCGCCAACCAGCAACAUCCAUUGAAUUUUGCCCUGGCCUUUCUUUUCCCGUUAAUCUGUCCCGUGCUCUUUUCCAGUUGUUCGCUAAUGCUAUUCAUAAUCUCAAUGCCUGUUUAAUAUUCUCGGCCCCAAAUGUUCUGUAAUGUAGCAAUUGAGUAGGACUUAUGAGUGAUUAUUGAAUAACUUUAGAAUUUCAAUGUUUGAAACGAAAAUCUAUUUGGAACCUAACUUACCUCCUAUCCUCCCUGAAAACAAUAUACAAGAAAUAGAUCGAGCAAAGUAGAUAUUCCUUCUGAUCAGUUAAUCACUUGAUUUGUAUUGUUAUUUGAGGUUUUAACAAAAACUGUGUUUCACAAUUCGUGAUGUUAUUAGUCAGAUUUUAAUGUUUGUGAUAUGCUGACGUUUUGCACACAGUAUAUAUAUUUCAUUUUAAGUGAUUAAAAAAGAAGUAUCUAUUAAUUCAACUGCUCCUGUGGAGCAAGUUAUAUUGACAGAUGUUCUAGGAAUUUGUACAUUCGGGCUCGUGAGCACCUACCCGUGUGGUUAAGCAAAGGUGUUAUCAAAACUGUUAACAGCUCCAUCUUAGACCAUUUAGUCCAAACAGGACAUACAGCAAAAAUGGAGCAAUCUUUUGCAAUAAUCUAUCGUGUCAACAGCGGUCUACCUAUUUCCGUCGGACUGCGAAUCCUACAGACGGCUAAAGCAAUUGCUAUUCGGAUCAAAAAGCCAGAGUUUUGUAUCCAAAAGAAGUAUGUUCAGCCACUCCUUUUACCCUGGUCAUCUAACUAAUAAUCAAUCUUAUAAUGUGGUGACGUAAUCUGAUUAAUGUUCAUUUUAUGUCCCAAACUUAUUAUUAUUAUUAUUAUUAUUAUUAUUAUUAUUAUUAUUAAUAUUAUUGUCUUUACACUUGAUAACCACUUUUUGAGGAAUUUAUUCAAUAUCCACCCCUGAAUUUACUAUAUUUGACCUAAUUAUUUUACAUAUUACGUAAUUUCCAAUUUGUAAUCACAAUAUUCUCUCUCUCUCUCUUACCCCAUGUUGACCAUAUUUAUUCUGAUAUUUUAUCUCACAAUUUCAUUUCGCUUAUAGACUGAUUCAAGUUAACACUUCAUAAUAGUCAUCCCAACAUUAACGAUUUUAUUUAUAUAACAAACAAUUCCUGAUUCACAUAUUACAAUUUCCAAAUGAUGUAUUUUGCCUUAAAUAUGGCCAAUUUUAUGGAUUAUUAAUCUGGAUUUAUAAUUGUAGAACCUGAUGAGAAAUUAUUGAAAACAAUAUUCGUCGUUCAUACAAUUGAGUAAAUAAACAGUCAAUCAGUUUGAGUCUUCAAAAUUAUUCACUAAACAACAAACAAAAAGAUUAAAAAGAAAUAAUUGUGAUUACAAUUAAAUGAGCUUUUAAAAGUGGCACUACAAAUUCAUUAUGAUAAAGUUACCAAUAUUUUGUUAUUUAGAUAUGGGUUUAGAGUUACUUAAUGAAUUAAUUAUUUAGAUAACCAUAAAAAACCAGGGAGUAAUAAGAAACAUUCUACAUUUCGAGAUUCGUUUUUUAUCUGAUACAGAAUAAUGAUCUACUGAUCUCAUUAAUGGUACCAGUUUGACGUCCGAUAUGGUACGACUUCGUUACAUUCAUACAUUCUCAGUUGAAAUUCUGGACUUAAAUUAUGCUAAAUUGUACCUAUUAUUAAUCAUAGAGCAUACGCAGUCGACGAUGGAUAUCCUAGUAACUGUGUCCUGGGUUUUCGUUUCCAGUCGUUCCUAAUGUUAUUCACACUCUCAAUGCAUGCUUACGAUUUUCGGCGCCAUCUGUUCUUUGGUCUGCCUCUUCAUUUUGGUCUGAGCAUUUCAAGUUGGGGUGUGUGUUGUGAUGCUGUUUGAUGAUUUAAGUAAAGUGUGUCCUAUCCAACUUCAGCGUCUUUUCCCAAUAUCCUCGUCAUCAGGAAGCUGGUCUGUUCUUUUUCACAGUCGGUUGUUUCUGAUUAUCUCUGGUCAGUCGGUCUGGAGUAUCUUGAAUAGACAGCUAAUUGGAAACACCUGUGCAUCUUCGAUGAUCGCUAUAAUAGUCUCGAUGAUUCGGCUCCGUACAAUAGAACUGUCUCGAUGUUUAUGUUGAGUAUUCUGAAUUAUAAGAAUGCUACCAUUGUUUCGCCAAUCCUUACCGUCACAUCCGCAUCAGAUCACCUUUGUUUGUCAAUGUCAUUGUCGAGAUAUGUAAAGAAACCUAACCAUCAAGUGUGAUUUUGUUGAUGAUCGCUGUAUUGUAUUUCAAGAUGUCGUUUUUCCAUUGUGAAUGGCUGAACCUACUGUUGCAGAGACUGCAGCUGCUACACUGACUGUCUUUAUGUGCAUUAUUGUUACUCAUGGGACAGAAAUGCAAAGUUAUCUGUGAAGACCAAACAAUCAAGUUAUGUUUAAAGUGUCUACUUUGUUCCGUAGUUGCCUUGAGAUGUGGGGGUCUCUUAUAUAUUGGGACGAUAAAGUGAUUGUGACCAGUCAAAUGGGAUAACGUCCAACUCCCAGAUCUUGGCUAAAAUAUUAGUCAACCUAAUC